UGCUAACCGCCUUGAAACUAGAAGAAGGAGAAGCAGAAGAAAAGAUUCAGUCGUCAGCAAAGUGACUCGGUCUAAAAUGAACAAUUUGGACAGUUUGAAUACGUUUUUGACAGAUCGCUUAAUGACAGUCGCUGGAGAGAUAUUCCAAGUGUUUAAAGACGCGUUUAGUGAAUAUCAGUGUGAAAUAGAGCGAAUGAAAGAGGAGAACCGGUGUCUAAGAGAAGCGCUGGCUGAAAUAUACAACAGUGUUCAAGAGCGAGCAGAGAAGCACAGUUUAAACCAGAGAGCCCUGAACACUGACACCUGCGACAUACAAGUGAAACUGGAAGUAGAAGCUAGUCCAUCUGAUCCACAACAGUCUCAGAGUCACCCACCCAGAGGCACACCAAAGCAUGAUCAUACUGUUCAUGAUCUGGACCCAGAAUCGAGUUUUUCAGAGAAAACUGGGCUCAGGGAUGAAAACGAGGACAGCAGCAGCAGCAGCAGCAGCAGCCUACACACAGGCUCAUCGGUCACGGUCAAGGCAGAGCCGUGUGCAUCUCAAAAUGUCUGCUUUGCAGAAGUUAAAAACGAAGCUGAAGGCGAUCAGGCAAGAGACCAAGAAGAACCUCUUUCCUGCACUUAUUGCGACCAAACAUUCACUGAGGUUCCUCAGCUAGCGUCACACGUGCAGAGUCACAUGGCGUUGUUUACCUGUGAGGUCUGCAGAAAGUCCUUCAAGCAGAAAGGAACGCUGAAAACGCACAUGAUCGUGCACCAGAAAGAAAGACCUUUUGCCUGUGGGUAUUGUAUAAAGCGGUUCAAGCUGAAAAGUCACCUGAAAGAGCACGAGAGGAUACACACGGGUGAAAAACCUUUCAGCUGCCCGGUGUGCAUGAUGUCUUUUACUCGCUCCAAUCCUAUGAAGAUACACCUUCGGAAUCAUCAUCGGGAACAGAUAUUACUCGAUCAGUAGUGCAAGAAUCAAGGCUGGAAAAUAUUAGACGUGUGGAUAAAUUCCACUGUUAGUUCAUCUGUUGUUUCUUUUGUUACAUUGACGGCCUUUACUAAGGCACCUCAGUGGCUAAAUUUAAUAUCCUCAUAGUUCUGCUGAAUAUAACAGAAGUACUAAUUAUUUGUUCUACAAGCUUAACUACUGGUUAUUCGUUCAUUAUUCUGAUUAUUGUCUGCUUUCCCCCACACUAAAUAAAUACCAGUCUUAUUUAC